AUGAGUGAACAUCAUAAUGAAUUGAGUGAACAAUUAGGCCAAUGUGAAGAUCAAUUUAAUGCAGUGAAAAUUAAAAUUGAACAACAAAAAACUGAACCACAAAAAAAUGAAUUAAUGAAACAAAUUGAUAAAUGGGAAAUAGAGUCCAUUGAAAAAAUUCGACAAAUAGCAAAUGAAAUUCGUCAUGAACUUUCAUUAUGUAUUAUCAAAUUUGCUUCUAAUCUUGAUUUGAAAUUGAAACAAUUAACAGAACAAAUUAUUCAAUGUCGUAAAAACGAUGAUUUCAUCGAUACAGAUGUUCAGUUUUUUAAUGAAGAACUUGAAUGCUUAAAAGAUACUCUCAGCAAUCCCUCAGAUAUCAAACUUGAACAAGACUCAACAACAUUCAUCAAGAAAAUUCGUCUUACAAGAAAAGGUAAAUCGUACAUAUAA